GGGAGUUGUAGUUCGGUUGAGCAGCUCGCUGUAGCCCCUCGGCCCAAAGUCUGAGUACCUUUCUAGGCGGUGAGAAGGCUUAGCCUGGAGGGUUGAACCUAGACCCCUCGGAGUUUGCUGAGCUCAGUGAAGAACCUGGAUGCACCCGAGCAGUGCCCUCACGUCCUUCCCCCUGGAGGUGAGGCAGUCUCCGUGGAGCCCCGGUCCGAGAGUGGGAGACAAUACUAGAAGGCAUGAAGCUAACUCCAGAGAAGCACUUUUCUGAAGAGGACUCAUCCCCUGGAGCGUUACUGGAGAGUUUUCCAGCGGAAAGGGCCAGGGGCUGUGAAGACUCUGUGGAAAAUCGGUGGGGAAACCAUGAGAAACAUCCAGGACGAGAGCUGGUCCCUCAGAAGAGACUUUCUGUGGAGAGAGGCUAUCAAAGUGAUAAAUUUAGAAGGAAUUUUAGUCAGUGGUCACUACUUGUUCAACACCAGGGAGAGAAACUUCGUAAUUGUGGUUCGCUUAUGAAUUUUACAAAUUCAGAAAUUAUUAAACAAGAGAAAAUGUGUGCAGGGAGGAAACCUUGGCAAUGUAAUGAGUGCGGGAAAGCGUUCAGUUACUACUCAGCCUUCCUCCUGCAUCAGAGAACUCACACGGGAGAAAAGCCCUAUGAGUGUAAUGAAUGUGGGAAGGCAUUUAGCCAGAGCAUACACCUUACCCUGCACCAGAGGAUUCACACUGGAGAGAAGCCCUAUGAGUGUCUCGACUGUGGGAAGGCCUUCAGUCACCGCUCAGCCCUCAUUAGGCAUCACAUCAUUCACACUGGAGAGAAGCCCUAUGAGUGUAACGAAUGCGGCAAGGCCUUCAAUCAGAGCUCGUACCUCACUCAACAUCAGCGAAUUCAUACGGGAGAGAAACCUUACGAGUGUCACGAGUGUGGGAAGGCCUUCAGCCAAAGCACGUUUCUCACCCAGCAUCAGGUCAUUCACACUGGAGAGAAGCCCUACAAGUGUAAGGAAUGUGGCAGAGCUUUUAGUGACCGCUCGGGCCUUAUUCAGCACCAGAGAACUCACACUGGGGAGAGGCCUUAUGAGUGCAGUGAAUGUGGGAAAGCCUUUGGGUACUGUUCAGCCCUGACACAGCACCAGAGGACUCACACUGGGGAGAAGCCCUAUAAAUGCGGUGACUGUGCCAAAGCCUUCGGCGACCGCUCAGCCCUUAUUCGGCACCAGAGAACACACACUGGAGAGAAGCCUUAUAAAUGCAAGGACUGUGGAAAGGCUUUCAGCCAGAGCUCAUCUCUUACAAAACACCAGAAAACUCACACUGGAGAAAGACCCUAUAAGUGUAAAGAAUGUGGAAAAGCGUUUAGCCAGAGUUCAUCUCUUUCUCAACAUCAGAAAACUCAUGCUGGAGGGAAAAGCAAGGCAAAUGUAUAAGCCUUUAGUGAGUAUUUAGUCUGUGGCCAACAAAAGAGAAUCCAUACUGGAUAAGCAUAUUAUAUCCCAAGGAUAUUUUUGUUUGUUUGGUUGGUUUUGAGCGUUUAUCAUAUGUUAUGAGGGCUACAAAGAAAUUUCAGACUGUUACUUUAAAAGUUAUUGAAAUACUGCUGGUGUGAGAUAUAACUCAUUAGACUGUGGAAGGAGGUUUUGCAUUUUAAAAAUAUUUCCUUAAUGGAAAACAGAAAUUCGCUUCCAGCAUCGUAGUGUGUAUGUACACUGCCAAGUCUGUGAGGGAGUGGGAUGUAGCAUUGUGGAGAGAACACGUUACCUGGGGUAUGGAGUCUCUUAGUGAUGGGGAGAUGAAGUCUAAGGAAAUACAUGGCAUGUUAGGGGUAGAUAGAAAAGAUUGAGAAGUCACGAUGAAUUUGCCCAGGGUCAGAAAUGGUAGAACAGUUGUCCUUAAGUCCAAGAACACUAAGGAAGUAGACAGAAAGGACAGGGGAAAGAGUUGAGGUGUGACCCCAGGAAGUGUUGGUUGCAGUGACUUAACAGCUGCUGUGUUUCGAAGCUCAUGUGAGGGCAGCUUUGCCCUAAGCUGAGCAACACUGGCAUGGGGGCUUCCGCACUUCUUGUCCUUCUGUCUUGCUUAGUAAGAUGUAUACUGGGAGUCAUUUUAAUCCCAAGGCUGAAGACUUAGGGCUUAGUCAGUUUUCAAAAGAGACCUUUGAUAUGUUCAGUGUGUUCUAAACAGAGCUACCCAAGAAUACUUAUUUAUAAAGAUUUACCUCAGUUGUAAGUGGUUUGUACCUUGAAUUUUUUUUUAUGCUGCAGAAACUGUAACUGUAGGUCUGCACUGACGCUGCCUUGGUUGUGAGAGCCUUGGCUGAGAAGCUUGCCCUGAGAAGCUUGCCCUUCUCCAUUAGACUCUUGGGGUAGUGCCAGGUGACUGCGUGUAUACACUUGUGACGGAAAGUUUGAAGGUUAGUACGGGAAACAUUACGCUGUGUCCUGGCGUGGAUUUCCAUGAGUGGAUAUCUUUCUGCAGUUGUUGAGCUGCUUCAGUCCAUAGGUUUAUAUCCUUUGUCAAGGUUGAAGAAUUUUCAGCCUGAUACCAUUUCUUCAAAAUGCAUUUUUAUCCCAGUACCCUGCCUGGUGUCCAUUUCUGAUUUGAGUGGCAGAAUCAUUAGCUCUGAUUUAUAGUUUCACAGGUUUUUAAGACUGUUCACUUUUUUUUUUUUCGGGGCUGGGGACCGAACCCAGGACCUUGCGCUUCCUAGGUAAGUGCUCUACCACUGAGCCAAAUCCCCAGCCCCGACUGUUCACUUUUUAAGUUCAUUUUUUUUUAUUAGUCUUCUGUAUCUGCUGAGACAGAAUCUCUUAGAUGACCUAAGGAAAGUGUCUCCCAGAGUCCUGGAGCUUGAGGAAUCAUCUGACUUCAUUUCCUGACAGGCUUCUUUUCCUGAGUCACAGACAUCUGCUUCCCUUUUUGGUGUUCCAUGGAUCUUAUGUAGUAUGUAGUCCAGGCUGGCUUCAAAUACUCAUGCAGCUGAAGAAGUCCUUGAAUUCCUCAUCCUCUUGCACCUCCUGUCCAACUGCUGGAGUGCACCACCUUCUUGGUGACUUAUGACUGGCUUCUUGAUGUGUCUUCACACAGACUAUCGUUGGUUUGUGUGUGGGGUGAGAGAAUGCCUCUCUCGUUGUUAUCGAUCCCUUUGGACUAGAAUCCUAUUCUUACCACCUCACUUAGCCUUAAUUACCUCUGGAAAGUCCUCUUUCCAAAUUCAGUUUGCACUAGGAGCCAGGCCUUCAGUACACAUGUUUAAGAAGACACAAUUUAUUCCCUGUCAUGCUGCUCUUGCUGCUUCCCACCAAAUGCAUGUCCAUGCAUGGCAUGCACUCACUCUGCUUCGGCAGCUCCCAAAGUGUAGCCUUCCAGCCCAAGCUGUAAAGUCUAAAGUCCAGAGUUUGGUCUUCCACCUGAAUCAGAUAUGGCUAAGAUGUUUGAUUAUCUGACCUAAGCUGUGGACCUGUGAAACCGAGUAAGUUAUACAGUUCUAUAAUACUAUGGUAGGACAGAAUCCCUGCACCAAAAGAUAGAAAUGCCAGUGAAGGAAUGGAUGACGGAUGCCAAGCAAGUUCAAAACGUAGAGAAUUCCACUAGAUUGUGAGAUAUGAGAAUAAUCCCUUUUGGUUUGAUUGACAGCCUGUGGACCUGUUGGUGAGGCAAUCCUUCCCCUAUGGCUCUUCCAGAUAAUUCCAUCCCUGGCCUUGGCUUUCAGGUUUAAGUUUAAGGCCAUCUUCCCUGUUGAAACCAAGCUGAACAAGUUGACUUUGCCCAUGAGCUGUACCCAUCACUGUAUUAGCCCAUGAGCUGUACCCAUCACUGUAUUAGCCCAUGAGCUAUGCUCAUCACUGUAUUAACCCAUGAGCCAUGCCCAUCACUGUAUUAGCCCGUGAACUGUGCCCAUCACUGUAUUAGCCCAUGAGCUGUGCCCAUCACUGUAUUAGCCCAUGAGCUGUGCCCAUUACUGUAUUAGCCCAUGAGCUGUGCCCAUCACUGUAUUAUCCCGUGAGCUGUGCCCAUCACUGUAUUAGCCCAUGAGCUGUGCCCAUCACUGUAUUAGCCCAUGAGCUGUGCCCAUCACUGUAUUAGCCCAUGAGCUGUGCCCAUUACUGUAUUAGCCCAUGAGCUGUGCCUAUCAUCUUAAUCAAAUGGUUGUUCAAACAUAGCGUUAGUGUGG